UGAAAUUAUUUGAUUUUUCCAAACAUAUAUGUCAACUUGCUCUAGUACUUCACCUCCCAAACGACAACACUUGGCUGGUUGCAGGCCAAUUGCAACCACUAUCAGCUGUCAGUUGUCACCAACCCACCCACGUCUGGUGGUUGAUUUGGUUCGCGACAAGUGUCAACAUUGCCGAUGGGAAGAUUUGUUGACUAAAGCCAAUAUGUCGCGCGAUAUUUUCUCUAAACAUUUGCCGAAUGUUAAAUUGGCAACCAGAUUCGAUGCAGAUGGCAAUGAAAUCCAGGUGGAGCGUCGAGAGGAUGAGGAGGAAAACACCAAGCGCAAGGAGAUUUUCGAUAUCCUGGUGGCGGCCGGGUACUAUCGGGCCUUGAUCAAAGGACUGUCGGAUUUUGAUAAAAUCGUCGGGGGAAUGACCUGGUGCAUCGAAGCCUGCGAUUUUGAUGUGAAUGUCGAUUUGUUGUUUCACGAGAAUCUCACAAUUGGACAGAAAAUAGCUCUUACUGAGAAAAUUGUAAUUGUCCUUCCAAAAAUGAAAUGUCCCUAUCAACUGGAACCACAUCAAAUUCAAGGUUUGGACUUCAUCAAUAUAUAUCCUGUGAUACAAUGGCUUGUAAAGCGUUCUGCAGAGAACCGCGCCGAAAAAUGUGAAAAGCUCAAGGCAUUUGCCGUGUCGCAAUUUCACAAUCACUUUCAAUUUAAAACUGAUCGAGAGAAUUUGGAGAAAUUGCAAAAUGCUUACGAUAAUAUAAAGCGAGUGCAGAACAUAUAUAGCCCCCAUCGUCAGUACAAACGAAAAGAUGCUGGCAAUGAAGACGAACGCACCCGAAUCCGUAUCACUCUUCUGGAAUAUGGAAAUAAAGGACAUUCACAGAGUGCAACCUCCACAACCUCUCUAUCUAAAAAUUCAUCAUCUCAACGAUCCGAUGAUUCAUCCGGCAGCGGGACUACUGGCGAAAAUGAGGAUGAGUUAUUCGAGAAGGAGAUUGAUGUUGACCAGCUGCUUAAAAAUCUUUACGUUGCUAACGAGGAAAAUUCAUCGAUUCAACCUUGCCUCAGUGAUAGGGAAAAAUCGGCUCUAAUCAAACACUACGCAGAUCUAAAGUCUGAGCUUGAAAUAGACACAAAGGAACUUUCGGAACAGAGCAAAAUUAAAUCCCUGCAAGCCACGCGUGCUGUCCUUGAAAAGAAAAUGACACGUGUUAAGGCAGAAAAUCAAGAAUUUAUCUCGGAGUUGGAUAAAAUGAAGGCGAUGCUUGAAGAACAGAAGAAAGUUGAGGACGGUUUGAGGAAAGAGAUUAAAGAUUUUGAGAAACGAGAAAUCUCCGCGGAUAAGAAGGUCCUGGAGAAGAUACAACAAUUGGUUGUUGAAAAUGAACAAUUGAAACAAGAGGAAGUCAAAUACAAGGAACAGUGUCGUGAAGAGUUGGCCAAAUUACAACAAGAGAUAAAGGAAGCAGAAGAGUUCAAUCCGGAAAAUGGAAUAAUAGAAGGCAAAGAACUGCUGGAGAAAGAAAAGGAACGCCUACAACAUUUACGGCUGCAGUUAGCAAAGCGGAAUCGUGCCAUUGUCUCGAUCCAGCGGCAGUUGGACAACAUUCCAGAUCGUACAGAGCUCGCUCAAUACCAGAGAAGGUUCCUAGAACUUUACAAUCAAGUUAGUGCGAAGCAUCGAGAAACGAAGCAAUUCUACACGCUCUACAACACCCUAGACGACACCAAACUGUACUUGGAGAAGGAGCUCUCACUGUUGAAUUCAAUUUACGAAAACUACAACGAAGGCAUGCACAACCCUCACUCGCGCGACCAAUUCAUCAAACAGUUCGAGGCAAUCGUGGAAGGCGUGAAGCAAACCAAGAUCAAGGUCCGGAUGAAGUGCGAGGACGAGAAGGCCAAGCGGGACGGCCUCAACGCUCAGUUGAUGUGUUUGGUGGAGCAGCAGCGCAAGUACGCGGCAGCCGUCAAGCAACUGACCAAGGAGUGCCAAAAGAACGAAGCCUUGCAACUCCACUUGAAGUCGAUCAAAUCGUAAACGGGACUCGCGAACCUCAGUUCGAGCCAAGAAGGAAAAAGUCUGCUUUACUCUUAGAGAACUUUCGUCGAGAUAGGACCAGUAGGGAUAAAUAUGUGUUAACUUCUAAGUAGGGCGGAACAGCUCCUAAUUAAAGCCUAGCGUCGGAUUCAAACGCA